AUGGGUACGAUUCUGUUGAAUAAUCUGGCCGAUCGUCUUCAAGGUCAAUCGAACGCGAGUUUACUCAUUGGCAAUAAGCAUUUUUAUACAACAAAUUAUCAAGUCCAUCGACGUGCUCAUUGGACAAGUACGAUUCGCAUGAUGCCUGUCGAAUGUUUCAACGGACAAAAUCUUAAAGAUGAACAUGGUGGUCAAGGUGUAUUGAACUACUAUACAUCCAACACAAGUGAUUAUAGUUUCAUAUUUCCAUUGUUGGAUUGGCAAGCGAUUAAUGGUAUCACUGUAGAACAUAGAAUUCCGCUCGAACGUUGCUCAAAUGAACCAUCGAGUUUGAUCAGAUUAUCAUUUGUCGGUGGCGUUAGUGAUGGAGAAUAUGAAAUGACGAUGAUGGAUACAGCGACACAUAGUUUAACUACUCAGAGGUCUUGGCAUUUUUAUGAUGAUGCAAUCAUUGCACUAGCGACUAAUUUAACAGUGAAAACAAGAAAUUUUGCAUGGACAACAUUAACUAGUCGUCGUUUAUCACACAGUCAAAUCACAAUCGGAUUUUUUCAUUCGACCAUCAUUACUCUUCCCAACGGAUUUUAUUCGCUUUCUUAUAAUUCAGAAAGUUCAUUGAAUACAUGUUGGCCAAACAAAUAUUGA